AAGAAAAUAAUGGAGUGGAAUAAGAAAAAUCAUGAAAUGAUGUUGUUGUUGUUAUUAGUGGUUGCUUUUACUGCUCUCACCGCUAAAGCUAACAUUGGGCAUUACGAUGAGGUGUGGCAGCAGCGAGCCGCGGAGGCGCAGAAGGCCGCUCACUACGCCUAUCACCCUAAUCCCGAAAACGUCACAAAUCAUUUCAACGAGAAUGUACACAUGUCAACGAAUGAGAAUAGCACAAGGAGGGGCUUAAAUAACAAACCCAAGUACAAAGGUCCAUGCAUGGCCACAAACCCCAUUGAUAAAUGCUGGAGAUGCAACAAAAACUGGGCCAACAACCGGAUGAAGCUAGCCGACUGUUCUCUGGGCUUCGGCCGCAACGCCAAGGGAGGAAAAGGAGGCAAGAUAUACAUCGUCAACGAUCACUCCGACAAAGAUCUCAUCAACCCUAAGCCCGGAACCCUCCGCCACGCCGUCAUCCAGCCCGGCCCGCUCUGGAUCAUCUUCGGCCACUCCAUGGUCAUCAGGCUGACCGAGGAGCUCCUCAUGACCAGCUGGAAGACCAUCGACGGCCGCGGCACCGAAAUCCACAUCACCAACGGCGCCGGCAUCACUCUCCAGUACAUCAGCCACGUCAUCAUCCACAGCCUCCACAUCCGCGACAUUAAGGCCGGCAACGGCGGCAUGAUCAGAGACUCCGUCAACCAUUACGGGCUCCGGACCCGGAGCGACGGGGACGGGAUUUCAAUCUUUGGGUCUACAAAUGUUUGGAUCGACCAUGUCUCCAUGUCCAAUUGUGUGGACGGGGUGAUUGAUGCUGUUCAGGCUUCCACGGCUAUCACCAUAUCGAAUUGCCAUUUCACGCGGCAUAAUGAGGUUUUGUUGUUUGGGGCGAGUGGGAGCACUAAGGAGGAUAAAGUGAUGCAGAUUACGCUGGCGUUUAAUCACUUUGGGCAUGGAUUGGUUCAGAGAAUGCCGAGAGUGAGGUAUGGGUUCGUCCACGCCGUCAAUAAUGAUUAUACACACUGGCUUAUGUACGCCAUUGGUGGCAGCCACCAACCAACUAUCCUUAGCCAAGGCAACCGCUUCAUUGCUCCUCCCAACGGUCACGCCAAAGAGGUGACAAAAAGGGAAUAUGCACAACAGAGUGAGUGGAAAAACUGGGCGUGGAGAUCACAGGGUGACCUGAUGAUGAAUGGUGCAUUUUUCAUUCAAUCUGGAAAUCCCAAGCAUGUGUUUCCCAGCGAUAAUUCUAUCAAGCCUUUGCCGGGAAAUUUUGUGAACAAGUUGACACAAUUUUCUGGCCAUUUACACUGCAUUGUGGGGAAGCCUUGUUGA